AUGAGUGCUCCUCCGCGGCCGGCGCCCCGGCCCCGGCCCAGACCUAGACCACCGCGGCCAGCACCACCACCGACAUCACGGAUUGCCCACGAAGACGAACAGGAGACCGCGCUUGAGCCCUCUCCCACCCCUCGCGUACGCGUCAAUCACGAGAUCGCAUCCCCGCCAACACACCAGACCGAUACGUACGAGUACGCGGCUUACGAACAGGAUGAGUCGUUUGAUCAAAGCGGUCUCAACAAUGCCGAUGUGCAGCAUCGAUGUGAAGAACCGGUAGUGGAUUCGAUGACAGCACACGGCGAUGAGAUCAGCGUACAGCAAGCACAGGAUGACAGCGAGCUUCGGGUGGAGGACGAAACCACAUCUCUUCAUGCUUCUACAGCCACGGCACCGGCCCCAGCCCCUCGCGUGUCUCCCCGCCCCCGACCCGUUCCGGCUGCGCGGCCCACCCCGCCAAGCAGGCCACCUCGGCCCGUCUCCAUGUUGUCUUCAGCCGAACCUCCGCGCCCCUCUCGCGCUGCCCCCCCCCCACCAAAAGCAGCACCGCCGCGACCGCCUCCGGCUCGUCCAGGCCCGGCACCUCCCCGUCCACCAUCUGUUCAGGUCACCAAUGAUGAAGCCGGGUACAACUCCACAUCCUCCUCCAGCUCAGAAUAUGAAGCUGAACCCGAGCCCCUGCCCGCGGGUGUUGGCACUGACUACGACCAUGAUGCGAGCUUUGAUGAAGCCCGCGCUGAGGAUUACAGCUACAACAGCUACAAUGACAGCCUGGCGAGCAGCUACGACGCCCCGCCCCGCCCUGCGCCCCGGCCUUCGCCUCGCCACCAAUCCUCAGAGAGUAGCCUCAUCACUGAUCCCAGCAUCGACUUUGACAGCGAUACCGACGAAGAGGCGGCUGAAAUCCACCCUAGCACCUAUGUGGAGAGCAUGAGCAAUGACCCUGCCUCCAAUCAGCCAGAGUUGUCCCCUGAAGAGCGCAAGGUUGGGCCUUUCUCGCUUUUUCUCGCCCUGCCUCACUUGACUCACAUCUGGCACUUACCACCUUGCUUUUUGGACCAGCAACAAAAACGAUUGGCCAAUGUUCAGGAAAUGGUGACGACCGAGGAGAGCUACGUGCGCAGCCUCUCCAUCGUGGUUGAUGUAUACAAGCCACGCAUGACUACCACCGAGUUUAAUCUCGAGGUUCCCGUUCAUGUGGUCAAAGAUAUCUUCUCCAACAUUGAUCGUAUCCGCAACACCCACCAACGCUUUCUGAAGGUUCUUCGCGAACGCGUGGCAGAAUGGGAGCACAACGAUACCAUUGCGGACAUUUACCUCAAAUUUGCUCCCCAGCUCAGCGUUUACACCCACUAUUCGACCAAUUUUGACAAAGCCUCGCGCCUUCUUGAUGAGUGGACCAAAAAGUCGCCACUGAUGGCCUCGGUGCUGGCCGAGUGCAAUGCACUGCCAGAGAGCGCGCGUCUGGGUCUUGGGGCUUUUCUCCUUGAGCCUAUUCAGAGGUUACCACGGUUCAAGCUUCUCUUAUCCGAUUACAUCAAGUAUACGCCUGAAGAUCACCCGGAUUACGAGCCAGCCAAAGAGGCCCUGCAAAAGAUUUUGAACAUCGCCUCGCAUGUCAACGAAAAAAUUCGUCAGACCGAGAAUGACAUCAAGAUCAAGCAGCUUGAGCGCAUGAUCCCCAGCAUCAACGUUGUCAAGCCAGGCCGGAUGGUUCUGAAGGAAGGUCAGCUGAUGAAGAUGUGCCGCAAGGGGCCUCAGCCCCGCGUGGUCAUCUUGUUUAGUGAUAUGCUGCUGUAUGCUCAAGAGCAGACGGGUCUUGUCACGACCUAUGUUGCUCCCAAGACAAUAUCCUUGCGUGAGAUGCAGGUUCGAGCCAAGCGCCUACCCGAGGGCCUCUACGGCGUUGAAGUCAAGGGCAAGCAAAGAGCCUUUUACCUCUGCUCCGAGGAAGAGUCUGAGCAGCGUAUAUGGGUAGCUGAAAUACAAAAGGCCAUUGAACAGCUGCUGGCGAGUCGCCGUGAGCGUUCAAACCGCCGAGGCAGCGAGAGCCGGCCCGCCAGUCGUGGAUCAAACUUUGCAGUUGAGGCACCAAUCUGGAUUCCCGAUCACGAUGUCAGCAUGUGUAUGGUCUGCACAUACGAGUUCAACAUGAUCCGGCGGCGCCAUCAUUGUCGAUCCUGCGGCAAGGUGGUCUGUGGGUCGUGCUCUGGACACCAACUGCAACUGGCAUAUCUGAGCCAUGAGUAUGGGCGGGUGUGCGACGAGUGCUUCCAAAAAUGGGAGGAUAUCCAGAGCAGUAAAGGCCUGACCGUGUCACGCACUUCAGGACCGCGGCGAUCGCGGCGAGACCGACGCUCCAUUCGCCCCGAGCGGUUGCUUCAGGCUGCUGCAGGAUUGUCCGAGGCCAGCGAUGUGGUGCGGGCUGGUUACUUGUCUGAACAACGAAUGUUACGCCGCUCUCAGCGGCGGUGGUAUCAGCUCAAGACGGACUUUGUGCUCUAUUCCUACAAGGCUCCUGAGGACCCUAUGGCUUUGGCCAGCAUCCCCCUGCCGGGAUAUAGCAUUGAGCCCCAUCAAAAGGGGGAAGGCGAGGAUACCGAGUACGGCGUCAAGAUUUCCCACCAAAACUUGAAGCAACACAUCUUCUUGGCAGAUUCUCAGGAACGGGCCCAAGAGUGA